UAUAAAAAUAUAUAAUAAUAAAUAUCUGUGAUUCCCUUUUCCCUUUAUACCUUCAAAAGCCGCGCAUUCGUGGAAAAAACUAUGGGAGAUAAUACAAAUGGAUUCAACAUCUCAGACAACGAUAUGGACGCAUUAUACACCGAGUUCGUACGCAGAUUUACCCAAGAACAAGAACUCAAGCAGAAUGGAAACCCCUUACCGUUGGAAAUCACUACCGAGUUGGACGAAGUCAGUGAACCACAGCAAGAUAAAAAUUUUAAGCGUUUUCGACGAGAAAGUAAGAAAUAUGCUUUGGAAAAGUGGAACAUCCCAGAGUGUAUUACAGCGAACUUUACAAAGAGAUCAACAAACAUAAAACAGACACUUCCGAUGUUAUCUCAAAAAUAUACGAAGUUACCGAUAUAACAAAAUUUUAAGCCAAAGUUGCUACUGAGAUCUUCGAAGAGCUCCAAUUUACCUUGGAACAAUCCACCAGCUUGGAAGAAGCUCGACAAAUUAUAUAAAGAGCAACAGAACAAAGUAAACGUCUGGCAAUCUUUGGCUUCGCUCAAGCCAAGGCCCAAGAGCAAAGUGCAAAAAACUACGCUAUUGACGCCCUCAACCUUCCAGCUAGCGUCAAAUAUCAAGUCCCCAAAAAGACAGUCUUAAGACAACGAACGCCUUCAGUGAUGGAUUCU